CAAGGCAUCUUAGAUCACAACCACAACAGUUGACAACAAAAUAACAACAACACAACACAAACUGAACUGAAGUUGCUCAACACACUGCUCAGAAUUUUCUUCCAAUCAUGAACUGUCUUCAGAAUCUUCCUCGAUCCUCUGCUUUGGCCUUACAAACAGUUGUUACGCGCCAUCACAAGAACCCUCCUUUUUCUGCUCUUUCUUUGGGAAUCAUCAACAAUUCUCGUCGAAAUCGAAGUAUGACACUUAAGUCUGCUUCUGGUUCUAUACCUAGUGCAGAGACGAGUAGUGCCGAUAUGGAGGAGGAAAAGUCUGAGACAUAUAGUAGUAACAUGACAGAAGCCAUGGGUGCUGUUUUGACUUAUAGGCAUGAAUUAGGAAUGAACUACAACUUUAUCCGUCCAGACUUGAUUGUGGGAUCAUGCCUACAGACUCCUAAAGAUGUUGACAAGCUGCGUAGAAUCGGAGUGAAAACUAUAUUUUGCUUGCAGCAAAAUUCAGACCUAGAAUAUUUCGGAGUUGAUAUCAAUGCCAUACGAGAAUAUGCCGAGACUUGCAAUGACAUUCAACACUUGCGUGCUGAGAUAAGGGACUUUGAUGCAUAUGAUUUACGGAUGCGGCUUCCAGCUGUAGUUAGAAAAUUAUACAAGGCAAUAAAUUCCAAUGGAGGUGUGACAUAUGUUCAUUGCACUGCUGGACUUGGAAGAGCUCCAGCUGUUGCGUUGGCAUAUAUGUUUUGGGUUCUGGGUUAUAAACUUAAUGAUGGUCAUACACUACUUCAGAGCAAAAGGUCGUGCUUUCCAAAACUUGAUGCCAUAAAAAGUGCAACGGCUGAUAUUCUUACAGGCCUCAGUAAAAAGCAUGUCACUUUGUCAUGGGAAAACAACAAUUGCUCUACAGUGGAAAUUUCAGGACUUGAUAUUGGAUGGGGGCAGAGAGUGCCCCUAGAUUUUGAUGACAGACGGGGUUUGUGGUUUCUCAAAAGGGAAUUGCCUGAAGGACGCUACGAGUACAAGUACAUUGUUGAUGGGGAAUGGACAUGCAAUAAGGAUGAGCUCUUAACCUCUCCCAACAAAGACGGCCAUGUCAACAAUUUUGUGCAAGUCAUUGAUGAUCCCAACAGUGUUCGUGCCUCCCUUAGGGAGAGAUUGACUGGUGAUGAUCCUGAUCUCACAAAGGAUGAACGUUUGAGAAUAAAAGAGUUUUUUGAAGCUUGUCCUGAUGAGGAUCAAUGAACCAUCAAUGAACUUGGUUGUUUACAUGUAAACAAGCAGAUGCACGUAUAUAAAAUAUGUUAUGUAGUGAAAGAUUGAAUCCGAACCUUAGAUAAGAUCUAUGUAACAUUAUUUAAAUAUAGUACACACAGUUUCAAUUAAUGUAACAUGACAUGUAAUGACUUUUAAUAAGAUGGAUUUUACAUU